CAUUAGGCUGCAAACCCUCUGAGACGGAUCCUGCUGCACAAGGGGAAAGAGCGCUUACCGCUGUCUUGUGACCUUAAGUGUCCGUUCCUUACAGAUUGUUUGUUUGUCUAUUUAUAUUUGGAGGCAAAAUGCUGAUCGAAUGACCGAUGAUAAUUCUGAAUCAGCAGCGCUACAUGUCAAUCUGGAACAAUUCUUUUAACUUGCACACUAUCACUGGCGUGCACCAGCCGUCUUCGUUUUCAUCGUAGUAGGAUUGCAUCAUUACAGCACGCCACGCUUUUGUUCUGGUCUGCCUUGUAGCACCGCCGAUAGUUCGGUUCGUAUCACAUGCCAGUAACCACCAUGCGUUUCUGAUCCGAUUCAGUACUCCGCAUCGAUUCCCAGUUAUUGAACAGCUCGGAGGACUGUGUCUGUCCCCCGUGCUACGCCAUGUAAGUGCACUGCGCGUCCCUGCCGAGCUCCGCUUGGGAUUCACGAUUCAUCCGUCAGCGCUGAAACAGAGAUGCUCUUAAAAUAUUCAAAUGGAGCUACCAAACAGCCCAGUGAAAAGUUGUGCAGCACCUCCAGCUGCGGGCGCAGGGGACUGUGAUAAGCAACCGAGUUCCACACCUGUUAGUGAUGGCUGGAGACACAAGGGCCGAUCGCUUGCCACCACCCCAGCAUGCCCUUCUUCUCCCAGCAGCCAGGGGACCGACCUGUCCCCUUCUCCCACCAACACUCAAUCUCCCGGUUGGGUGCGACGCAGGGUGGUUCGGAGAAGCAGGACCCACGACUGCGUGGCAGGCAUGGUGCUGCACGCAGGAAGUGGCCGACCGCGCAGAUUCGGGAGUGCGACACCAACCAGGGACAGUGGGAGGCAGUUGGUCAGCAGCGUCAGCUUCUCCGGACUGGGCGUUUCCCCGAGCGGCAAAGGCGGGCUGUUGCACGAGAACCGGAGUGCCUCCAGCAGCAGGGACAUCAUAGAUUACCGUAAUCUCACACCCCAAGUGCCCUUCGUGCCCUCCAUCGCUAAGUCUAUCCCAAAGAAGCGGAUAUCUCUGAGGAAGUCGAGAAAGGCUAUCAAAGACCUGCUUGGAAUCAGGCGUCACAAGCGGGAGAAGGUAGUCUCUCCUGGUUUCCUCACUCCAGGAAGAGGAGACAAAGGAGCCGUAUCAGUCAACACGGGCAAGCCGACCCAGGAAGGGACCACCAAUGGCUACUCUGGUGUGCCCAACCACAAUGAUGAUCUGUCUGACUCUUCCAUUGAGCUCUGCAGUAGCAUCUGUGAGGACGUGGCGUCCCUCCAGAGCUUUGGAUCCCAUACUGGCUGUGGGGAGAUAUUUGCAGAUGAGGAGCACCACCUCCCCAUUCCUCAUCCAGUUGAGGGUGUACAGAAGCAAGACCCUGACAAGGAUAUCUGUGAGUCCAAGAAGACCAGCCCUGUGGUGGGAUCCUACCAGGGCGGUGUGGAGCAGAUGGCAUCUCCAGCCCAUGCAGAGAUCCUUGACUUGUUUGGAUUGUGGGACAGUUUUAAGAGUAAAGAAGCCAAGGCGGUAGGCAACCCAGAUCUGAACACCUUCACCCUGGCCCAACCCAUUAGCCAGCAAUCAACUCCUGACAGAACUCUUCUUCUGACAGAACAAAAGAUUGUAGAUCUUUUACCAGACAAGGGGACACCAAAAAGCGAAAAGCAGGAAAUAGUGUCCACAAGUGACGAAGGCUAUUAUGACUAUAUCUCACCUGGACUGGAGGACAACAGUAGGGGGUCUGUCACACCUCACCUUUCCAACCGGUUCCCCAGGGACAGUUAUAGCGGCGAUGCUCUUUAUGAACUUUUCUAUGACCCUUGUGAGUCCAGGAUGAGCCCCAUCAUUGAUGAGGACAUGAGCCUAUCAGAAAGCAUUCUUUGUCAAGCCGGUGACCAUCCACAAUCCAUGUACAGUUUCCACGUUGGAGCAGAGGAGAAUCUGGCCCCGCCAUUGGCUCUGGAUCUUGUCAGUCAGGAGCUCCUGCAGAGCAACUGGAAGGGGAAGGAGUGCCUGUUGAAGCUGUGUGACACCGAGAUCUCCCUGGCCAUGGGAAUCAUGAACUGGCUGAAGCAAAAGGCCAAUCAGAUGAGUCCACCAGGGUCUGUGUGUGGUGGGGUAGACACUGAGGCAAGUACUUUCCCUCCGAAUUGCAAUAAACUCCACCGUGAGGGUCAGGAUAUGCCAAAGAAUCAGCUGGCUGUUAAGGAUCCAGCACUGGAAUCCCCAGCGGUCAAUGAAAGUUUAGUAUUCCUACCAAAUCUCAGAAAAGAUAAACCCAAUAUAGCAUCUCCAGAGGGCGAUAUCGGAACACCAACGAACGGGUUUUGCUUCCGAAUCUUCAACAAGGAGUCUCCCUUAACGCCUAACUGGGACCUGAAGUCUCCCACACUCAGGUCUCCAGGUUCAGUAGCAAGCACCGUGUUUCUGCUCGCAAUUAACAGGGAAUCGUUGUGCGAGUCUUGCAAGAGGUUGUUGAAGAAGGGCUCCAAGGAGCUGUUCCUCUGCGCUUCCUGUGUGUCUUUCAUCGAGCACAUCAAGACUUCAGACCUCUUAAGCCCCGGCAGUUUCCACAGGAUGGGAUCCGCACGAAGCCCUUGCUCACUGCCGCCAGGCUUCUUAGAAUCUCCCAUCAGCCCCUGCAGGACAGAAAGUGAUGUCAGCCUUAUGCGCCUGCUGGAGCAGUGCAUGACCCAGGUGUCCACCCUGAGGAUCAACGGAAAUCAGGUCGACGGGGGGCCAGAAAUGGUGCCCCCAUUAAGUACGCUGCAGGAAAGCAAGCAGGACACAGAAGAGAAAGAUGUCAGAGUGGAGAAGAGCAAAGAACACAGUCAAAAAUAUCUGAAAUCCAAGCAAAAUCCAAGAAAACGUAGUUCGAACAGUGAAAACAGGGGGCUGGCUUCCUUGCCCUCAUGUGGAGCUGCCAGCCAGGACGCUCCUUCACUCCUAGAGACCGGUAACUUGGGUCUAGUCACAACCAACAGCUCAGAUGAGCUUGUUCUUCAGAAAUGCCGCAGCUCGUGCCCAGACAAGGCCGGGGCCCUCUUCAGCGCCAGCCCCACGCAGACACCUGGGCCCACAUCCCUCCCC